GUUGAGUGAUCAGUUUUGUUUGUCUUGUGCUGGUCCGUUUUCUUCGGGGUUCGCAGCGGGUCUUCGGGGAUACGAUUUGCACCUGUGACAUCACUCCGGUCACUCGGUGGGCGCUCAGGGUUCCUUGUAGUCCUACCACGUAGACGGCCACAUACAGCUUGACCAUCCCACAGACAACUGUCCACAUUUUCAACCGAAUUUCAAGCAGCCCGAAAGAGAAGAAGAAGUUGAACCGAUCGAUUGAACGUGCUCUGGAGACUAUCAACCCGAACCCAGGCGAACGAGAUCAUAUUCGAAUUUCGAUCUCCUUCCUCUUGACAUCCACGAUGAGCAUGUACGAUCAAGGAACUUACGCCUCGUCAUCAGUGCCUUACGAUUCUGGAUAUGGAACGACCCACGAGCCCUUACAGUUUUACUCGGGCUCAGCCGACCCUAACGCUUACUACGAUCGUCAAAGUCUCGAAGGUCAACGUAGUGGUGUGACCGGUAGCAUGUUACCGGCUUCUCCCUAUUCUAAUGGGAUCGGUGGCUCGAUUGCUAGUUCUGGUGGCUUUUGGAGCGCUUUCGGUACCGGUGGAAUUGACGGAGAACCCCCACUACUAGAAGUUUAAAUGCAAUGAACCAAAACCAACUUCUUUUUUUGUUUCCCCCUUUUUAUUUUUUAUUUCUAUAUUUUAACAACAAAAAAAAACAAAUAGAAUUGGGUAUAAAUUUCGAUCACAUCAAGAGGAAAUCGUUUGCAGUAUUGAAUCCGUUUCGACAAAUUGAUCAACACCUGAUGGAUGACGCCGAUCUAGCUGGUCCACUGGUAUUUUGCUUCUGCUUUGGGAUGUUCCUUCUGUUUUCAGGGAAACCACAAUUCGGUUAUAUCUAUGGUCUAGCUCUUUUAGGCGACCUAUCGUUCUAUCUGUUGCUAAAUCUAAUGUCCGAGACAGGCAUUGAUGCUUACAGAGUAGCUAGCGUCUUGGGUUACUGCCUACUUCCAUUAGUAUUACUCAGCCUGGUCACUGUAGUCGUGAGCAUGGAUGGUUACUUGGGCUACAUACUCUCGAUUCUUUCGAUUCUUUGGUGCUCAUACUCGGCAUCGGGGAUGUUUGUAUCGGUGCUAAGGAUGUCGGAACAGCGGCUCUUGGUCGCCUAUCCAGUCAGCUUAUUUUAUGCCACAUUUGCCUUGUUGAGUGUGUUCGAUGCAAAGACAGGUACUGUCGGUGCACGCGCAACUCGUUAAAAACAUAACCCUAUCAAUACAACAAGGUCUUCUACUCCAACCAAGAUCCCUGAUAAAUCAAAUCAGUUACAUAAAAAAGAGCCCCCAACUCACUACACACCAUCAUCACUUCAAAUUCCUCAAGGAUUGCGUUAUAUAUUAAAACAUCCGUAGAAUUUAGUCGUAGCACAGCAAGUAAAAGGGACCUGUUUCUCCAAACCGUGUUUGACCAUGAAAGUUGCCGAUAGUGUUUGUUUUUUUACCGUAUAUAAUUUACAGGAAUGACAUGACUUGACAAUGA